UUACUUCUACCUCAGUUCCAGCUGGUUCUCUAGAUUAUCACCACCUCUCUCAGGCCAGUUAACUUGUGCUGACUCUCCCCCCUGCUCUGUCUUUAGACCAGAGAGAGCUAAGGGGUCGAAGGAUCUCGUUGGGGUGGAGAUAAUGUCACCCCAAGUUUGUUUUUCAUACAAACCUGGACUGUGGGGCAUUUAGGAAGUGCCUUCGCCCCUCCAAGUCCUGGAUGUUAACUGGAGACAUGCAGCUGGCUGGGGAGACAAGAUCUUGUUAAACUCAGACCAACCAACCUGCCAACCCCUAAAUUACUGAGAUUACAGAAGACUCAAUGAGUAACCUGGAAGAAGACAGAGAACAAAUCCAGAGUGACCAAGGGCCAGAUGAGGGACAGGCCACAGAAGACUCAAUGAGUAACCCAGAAGAAGACAGAGAACCAAUCCAGAGUGACCAAGGGCCAGAUGAGGGACAGGCCACAGAAGCCUUGCAAACUGAGGAACAAGAGGCAGCAGCAGGGACAUGUGCAAAAGGUAACCUGCAAGUCUAUAAGGCACACAUUACAAAGAAACUCAACAAGAGUGUGAAAGUCCGUUCUGAUGACCCUGAGAUGCGAGUGUUGUCUGAGGCUUUUAAGCCUUACCAGAAAACCGUCCAGCCUCACACUGUUGUCUUACAUGGAAAGCCAGGAGUUGGAAAGUCGGCUUUGGCCAGAAGUAUCAUCCUGGACUGGGCACAGAAUAAACUCUGCCGAGACAUCUCCUAUGCCUUCUUAUUCUCUUCUAAAGACAGAAAAUGGACAGAGAAGAGUAGCUUGGCACAUUUGAUUUCAAGGGAGUGGCCAGGUUCCCAGGCUCCAGUGACAGAGAUCAUGUCCAAACCGGAAAGGCUCUUGUUUGUCAUGGAUGAUUUUGAUAGUCUGGAAUCUGCCCUCCUACAGGAGGACAUGAGGCUCUGUAAAGACUGGGAGGAUGAACGGCCCAUAUACAUCGUGCUUUACAGCCUCCUGAAGAAGGCCCUCCUACCCAAGUCUUUUAUCCUGAUUACCACCACAGAUGCCGGCUUACAAAAGCUCAAGUCCAUGCUGGUGUCCCCGCUCUACAUACUGGUUGAAGGGCUGUCUUUGACAAUGAGGAAGCAGGUAGUCCUCAAGAACAUCAUUGAUGACCAUCGCAAAAACCAAGUCAUCUGUUCCGUGAUAGGUAAUCACUGGCUCGCUGAGCAGUGUCAGGUCCCCUCCGUGUGCUUGCUGGUCUGUGAGGCCUUGAAGAUACAGGAGGAGCUGGGAGAGAGACGCACCCCAGUCUUCCAGACUCUCACUAGUCUGUAUGCCACCUUGGUGUUCCACCAGCUCACCCCGAGAGAGCCUUCCCAGAGCUGCCUCAGUCAGGAAGAGCGAGGCACCCUGAUGGGUUUGUGCAGGAUGGCGGCGGAGGGAGUGUGGAGCAAGAAAUCAGUGUUCUACGAUGAUGACCUGCAGACCUACGGCCUGAAGGAGUCAGAGAUCUCGGCCCUCUUUCGCAUGAACAUCCUGCAGGUUGACCGCAGCGCCAAACGGUGCUAUGUUUUCUUUCAUGUCAGCCUGCAGGAUUUCUGUGCUGCCUUACAUUAUGUUUUGGAAGGGCUGGGGAAAAGCAACCAGUACUUUUGCCUCACUAAAAAUCUGAGGAGCUUAACAGAGCUGAAGCAAACCCACUUUAACACUCACCUCGAUGGGAUGAAGCGUUUCUUAUUUGGCCUCAUGAACAAGGACACAAUGAGGACCCUGGAGGUUCUGCUUGGAUGUUCCCUGUCCCCUGAUGUAAAGAAGGUGCUCCAACAUUGGGUCUCUGUGCUAGGUCAGCAGGCCAAUGCAACCAACCUGACGGAUGUCCUGGAUGCCUUCCACUAUCUCUUUGAGUCUCAGGAUGAAGAAUUUGUUUGCUCAUCCCUGACAAGCUUCCAAGGAGUGGGGAUUGUGGUUAACCAGAGGAUGGACUUAGCAGUAUCUUCCUAUUGUCUCCAGCAUUGUCAGAGCUUGGAGACGCUCUGGGUGGAUGUCAGAGGUGUCCUCUCGAUGGAAAUGAAUAUUGAGCUGUGUCCUGUUAUUCACCAGCCGACACAUGGUAAGCCCCACAUCACAGAGUUCUGGGAGGAUUUCUGCUCUGUCCUGGGCACCCACCCGAAACUGAAGCAUCUGGACUUGGGCAGUAGCAUCCUGAACGAAUGGGCCAUGAAGAUACUGUGCAUGAAACUGAGAAAUCCAGCCUGUAAAGUACAGAGUGUGACGUUUAAGAAUGCAGAGAUAACAUCUGGUCUCCAGUAUCUCUGGAUGACCCUCAUUAGCAAUCAAAACUUAAGACACCUCCAUCUGGGGAACAUUCUCAUGAAGGAAGAUGACAUCAAAUUAGCCUGUAUAGCGCUGAGACACCCAAAAUGUUCCCUGGAAACUCUGAGAUUAGAUUCCUGUGCGCUGACCGCAGAUUGUUACGUGAUGCUCUCCAAACUCCUCCUCUCAACCACCAGCCUAAAAUUUCUCAGCCUCGCAGGAAACAAGGUGACGGAAGAAAGCAUGAGGUGGCUCUCUGAUGCCUUGAGUAGCUCCAGGUGUGGUCUGCAAAAGCUGAUACUGGACAGCUGUGACCUCACACCUGUCAGCUGCCACAUUCUGGCCUCAGCCCUUUUCAGUAACCGGACCUUGACGCACCUGUGCCUGUCAAACAACAGCCUGAGGACUGAAGAAGUGAGACGUCUGUGUCAGUUCAUGAGACUCCAGGAAUGCGCUGUGCAGCAACUGAUACUGAACCAGUGCAACCUCACAAGAGACACCUAUGGCUUCCUGGCAUUGAUGCUUUCCCACAAUGGAAAGCUGACACACCUGGGCCUGACCAUGAACCCUGUGGAGGACAGCGGGAUGAAGCUUCUGUGUGAUGGUAUAAAGGAGCCCACUUGUCACCUCCAAGAGCUGGACCUGGUGGACUGCCAGCUCACGGAGGACUGCUGUGCAGAUCUGGCCUCAGUGAUCGCAACAAAACAACACUUGAAGAGCUUGGAUCUAGGUAGCAAUGACCUGGGUGACAGAGGAGUCAUAGCUCUGUGCAAGGGACUGAAGGAAAGUGGAACGUCCCUGGAGAGACUUGGGUUGGAGGCAUGCGGGUUGACUUCUGACUGCUGUGAGGAGCUGUCAUUGGCCCUCUCUUGCAAUUCGUGCCUUGUCAGUCUAAACCUGUUAAGGAAUGACUUCUGUACAUCGGGCAUGUUGAAGCUGUGUUCUGCAUUCCUGCAUCCUUCCUCUAAUCUGUGGAAAAUUGGCCUGUGGAAGCAGCAGUACUAUGCCGAGGUGAGAAGGCAGCUGGAGAAAGUACAACUCACCAAGUCCCACAUGCUGAUUGAUGACGACUGGUAUUCCUUCAACGAAGAUGACCGUAACUGGUGGAGAAACUGAAGAUGUGAGUCCCCCUCCCUCCCCGUCGGGUCCUGGCACCUCUGUACCUGUGAAAACAUUUGUCCCACCUCCAAGGUUGUAUCGGGAAUGAAAUAAAUACUCAGCACGUGGAAAAGCA